AUGACUACUCAAUCGAUCGCACCAUUGUCUUUAAGAGAUCGUCACAUCGCUACUCUUAAACAAAUGCUCAAUCUUAAUACGUCUCCAUCGACUCUAUUAAAAUCUCCUGGAGGAGAUUUAGCUUGGAAAGUUCUAGUUUAUGAUGAACUUGGUCAAGAUAUUAUCGGACCAUUACUUACUGUAAAAGAACUUCGUGAUUUAGGUGUAACACUUCAUGUUUCAUUAAAAUCUGAUCGUGGACCAGUUGAUGAAGUUGCUGCUGUUUAUUUUAUUAUGCCAACAAGAGAUAAUAUAACUCGUAUAGGAAAAGAUUUAUCUGAAGGUUUAUAUGAAUCAUAUUAUUUAAAUUUUAUUGCACCGAUUCCACGUGAUCUUCUCGAAGAUUUAGCUACAGCUGCACUUGAAUCUAAUUCUCAGCAAAAUAUUACAAAAAUUUAUGAUCAAUAUCUCGAUUUUAUUACAUUGGAAGAUGAAUUAUUUUGUUUACGACAAACAGGAAGAGAUAGUGUCUCUUAUUAUGCACUUAAUCGUCCACAGAUGCGUGAUGAGGAUAUGAAUGAAAUUACGGGGGCAAUUGUUGAUAGUCUCUUUUCCGUAUGUGUAACACUCGGUUCAGUACCAAUUAUCCGGUGUUCAAAAGGUGAAUUUGCAGAAAUUAUAGGACAAAAACUUGAUAAGAAAUUACGAGAAAAUCUACGUGAUUCUCGAAAUAGUUUAUUUUCAACGGAUUCAAUGGCUACAGGAGCUUUAAGUUUUCAACGACCACUUCUUGUGAUAUUGGAUCGAAGUACUGAUUUAGCAUCUCUCCUUCAUCAUACAUGGACUUAUCAAGCUUUAGCUCAUGAUGUUUUUGAUUUUAAAUUAAAUCGAGUUGAAAUUGAAGAAGUUGAUGAAUCACGUGUAUUAAGUGAUGGUCGACAUCCAUCGAAAAAACGAACAUAUGAUCUUAUACCAACAGAUAAAUUUUGGAAACAACAAAAAGGAAAUCCAUUUCCAAUUGUUGCUGAAUCAAUUCAAGAAGAAUUAGAAAAAUAUCGUCAAUCAGAAGAUGAAGUUAAACGACUUAAAUCUGCAAUGGGUAUUGAAGGUGAUGCUCAAGAUUUAGCUAUUAGUUUAUUAAAUGAUACAACAAGUCGUUUAACAAGUGCAGUGAGUUCUUUACCAGAAUUAUUAGAAAAAAAACGAUUACUCGAUGCACAUACAAAUAUAGCAACUGCUCUUCUCGAUGAAAUUAAAAAACGAAAAUUAGAUAUUUUCUUUGAAACUGAAGAAAAAUUAAUGAGCAAACAAGUUCAAGAAAAAUCUCUUAUGGAAGUUCUUUCUGAUCCGGCUGCUGGUACACCAGAAGAUAAACUUCGUUUAUUUUUAAUUCAUUAUAUUUGUACACCAACAAUGACACAAGGAGAACUUGAUCAAUAUAUGACAAUAUUACGAGGAUCAAAUUGUACAUGUUUAGAUGCAAUUACAUAUAUUAAACGUUGGAAAUCACUUAGUAAAGGUAGUGUUGCUUCACAAGCAAGAGAAGGUGGUACAACAACAAUGGGAAUGUUUUCAAAUUUGGUAACUAAAGCUUCGAAAUUUGCAAUGGAAGGUGUUAAAAAUCUUGUUGUUAAACAAUAUAAAUUACCAGUAACAAAAAUAGUUGAUAAUUUAAUGGAAUGUCGUUCAUCACCUGAAACAGAUGAUUAUCAUUAUUUUGAUCCAAAACUUCUUCGACCAACAGACGCCGCAAAUAUUGCUCGUAAUCGACAAGGUUUUAAUGAUGCUAUUGUCUUUAUGGUUGGUGGUGGUAAUUACAUUGAAUACCAAAAUUUACAAGAAUAUGCUAAGACACCAUCAAGAAUGGCAACCAAACGUAUUGUCUAUGGUUGUACGGAACUCGUCAAUGCUUCUCAAUUUCUCGAACAACUUGCCAAAUUGGGUCAAUAA